AGUCUCGCUCUGUCACACAGGCUGGAGUGCAGUGGCGCGAUCUCGGCUCACCGGCCUCCCAGGUUCAAGUGAUUCUCCUGCCUCAGCCUCCCGAGUAGCUGAGACUACAGCUUUGUGCCUCACUCUUCUCUUACACCUGGGGAGUCAAGUCUGGAUCCUCUGCUCCAUAUUUAUUUAGCAAAUAAAACACUGAUCUCAAACAGCAACGGAACCUGUGUACUUGAGGUGUUUUUUGAAAACUAAUCAGAAGAGGAAUGCUUAUCUCCCAAGAAAAUUGAAACCAUCUGUAAAAGAAUCUUGGCUGUGCUGUGUUUUGAUUAGAUUGAAGUUUGGUGUAAAGAGAAAACACAAAAGACCGCAGAAUAUUUACAACAUUUGAAUUCCUGUUUCUCCAUCAAAGCACAUUGUCAUCAAAGCUACUUUGGGGAUAGAAAAAAGGUCAAUUCCAAUUCCCAGGAAUCCCUAACCACAACUUUACUUGGAAAUUUCCGGUAAUACUUAAAACACCAUUUUGCAGCUAUUCUUUAUGAUAAACUGUAAAAUACAGUUACCCGAAAAUGACUGACAAAUCAAUCAUCAUUCUGAGCCUGAUGGUUUUUCACAGCUCUUUCAUAAAUGGAAAAACAUGUAGACGGCAAUUGGUGGAAGAAUGGCAUCCACAACCCUCAUCAUAUGUGGUAAAUUGGACACUAACAGAAAACAUCUGCUUGGACUUCUACAGAGAUUGCUGGUUUUUGGGUGUAAACACUAAAAUAGAUACUUCAGGCAAUCAAGCUGUUCCCCAGAUUUGCCCUUUGCAAAUUCAAUUAGGAGAUAUCCUUGUAAUUUCUUCUGAACCAUCUCUUCAAUUUCCAGAAAUAAAUUUGAUGAAUGUUUCUGAAACAUCUUUCGUUGGCUGUGUGCAAAAUACCACAACGGAAGAUCAGUUACUUUUUGGCUGCAGACUAAAAGGAAUGCACACUGUUAAUUCUAAGUGGCUGAGUGUUGGGACACAUUAUUUUAUCACAGUUAUGGCAAGUGGUCCAUCACCUUGUCCACUGGGACUUCGACUAAAUGUGACAGUGAAACAGCAGUUCUGCCAGGAAUCUCUGAGUUCAGAAUUUUGCUCUGGUCAUGGUAAAUGUCUUAGUGAAGUUUGGAGCAAGACAUACAGCUGCCAUUGCCAGCCUCCAUUUUCUGGAAAAUACUGCCAGGAACUUGAUGCAUGUUCUUUUAAACCAUGUAAAAAUAAUGGCAGUUGCAUUAAUAAAAGAGAAAAUUGGGAUGAGCAAGCAUAUGAAUGUGUCUGUCACCCACCAUUUACAGGAAAGAAUUGCUCAGAAAUAAUUGGCCAAUGUCAACCACAUGUCUGUUUCCAUGGAAACUGCAGCAAUAUUACUUCAAAUAGUUUCAUUUGUGAAUGUGAUGAGCAAUUUUCAGGUCCAUUCUGUGAGGUGUCAGCAAAACCUUGUGUUUCUCUGCUUUUUUGGAAAAGAGGAAUUUGCCCAAAUAGCAGUUCUGCUUAUACUUAUGAAUGCCCAAAAGGAUCUUCCAGCCAAAAUGGUGAAACUGAUGUCAGUGAGUUUUCAUUAGUACCAUGUCAGAAUGGUACUGACUGCAUCAAAAUAUCAAAUGAUGUUAUGUGCAUCUGUUCACCAAUAUUUACAGAUUUGCUUUGUAAGAGCAUUCAAACAUCAUGUGAGUCAUUUCCUUUGAGGAAUAACGCUACGUGUAAGAAAUGUGAGAAAGAUUAUCCUUGCAGCUGUAUAUCAGGAUUUACUGAAAAAAACUGUGAGAAAGCAAUUGACCACUGUAGACUGCUGAGCAUCAACUGUCUGAAUGAAGAAUGGUGUUUCAAUAUAAUUGGAAGAUUCAAAUAUGUAUGCAUUCCAGGGUGCACAAAAAAUCCAUGUUGGUUUUUGAAGAAUGUUUACCUAAUUCAUCAACACCUCUGCUACUGUGGAGUCACCUUCCAUGGUAUUUGCCAAGAUAAAGGUCCUGCUCAAUUUGAAUACAUGUGGCAAUUGGGAUUUGCAGGAUCUGAAGGUGAAAAGUGCCAAGGGGUUAUUGAUGCCUAUUUCUUUCUGGCUGCAGACUGCACUGAAGAUGCAACCUAUGUGAACGAUCCUGAAGAUAAUAAUUCUUCAUGUUGGUUCCCACAUGAAGGCACAAAAGAGAUUUGUGCAAAUGGAUGCAGUUGUUUGAGUGAAGAAGACAGUCAGGAAUAUCGGUAUCUAUGUUUUCUCAGAUGGGCUGGCAACAUGUAUCUGGAAAAUACAACUGAUGAUCAAGAAAAUGAGUGUCAACAUGAAGCUAUUUGUAAAGAUGAAAUUAAAAGACCCAGAAUCCUCAACACGGUGAUACCACACCAAAUUCAGCAACAUAUAGAAAGGUUUAUACAGCAUGACCAGGUGAGAUUUAUCGUAAGAAUAUAAGUUUGAUUUAGUGGCUUAAAAUCAAUUAAUGUAAUUUAAUGUAUCAAUAGAAUAAAUAAAGAAGAAAAUGCAUGAUAAUGUAGAUGGAGAAAAAAAUUGUAUUACAGAAUCUCACAACACUUUAUGAAACAAACACUCAACAAAUAAAGAAUAAAAGGGAACUUCCACAAUCUGAUAAGAGAAGUUAAAAAAAAAUAAGAAGAAUGAAGAAACAUAACUAACAUUAUACUUUACGGUGAAAGGCUGAAAGACUGGAAUUUUAAAUCAAAACAAUGAGAUAACACUUUACACCCAGCAAUUCUACUUCUAGUAUAUACUCAAAAAAUUGAAAAUAUAUGUUCUUACAAAAAUUUAUAUGUGAAUGUUUACAGUUUUGUUCGAAAGAGUCAAAAAGUUGAAACAACCCAAAUGACCAUCAACUGAUGAAUGGAUAUAUAAAAUUUGUUAUAUCCAUACAAUGAAAUGUUAUUCAGCAAUAGACAAAGAUGAAUUACUGAUAUGUGCUUCAAUACGAAUAAACAUUGAAAACAUUUUGAUAAGGAAAAGUAGUAAGCCACAAAAGACACAUAGAAUAGUGCUCAACAAAUAC